ACAGCUAUGAGUCGCCAGACUGCUGUAGUGCUGCCCUCCAGGUGCACCCCCUCCCAGCAAGUCCCAUUGCUGUCCAUCACCACGAUCUCCGACCGCUAUCUGGUUAGUCUGUUCGAGUGCCCUGUGUGCUUCGACUAUGCUCUGCCCCCCAUACUGCAGUGCCAGAGCGGCCACAUGCUCUGCAGCAACUGCUGGCCCAAACUCACCUUCUGCCCCACCUGCCGAGGCCACCUGGGCUACAUACGCAACCUUGCGAUGGAGAGGGUGGCCAACUUGCUGCUGUUCCCCUGCAAGUAUGCCUGGUCGGGCUGCAAGGACACGUUGUCGCACAUGGAAAAGGCUGAGCACGAGGAGCUGUGCGAGUUCCGGCCGUACUCCUGCCCCUGCCCUGGGCCCUCCUGCAAGUGGCAGGGCUUUCUAGACGCUGUCAUACCCCACCUUAUGCAGCAGCACUAUGUCAGUAGAGUAGUGCAGAGCCAGAAGGUCACCCUCCACGCCGAAAACAUCAACCGACCAGACGGUGUGACCUGGCUGAUCAUGCAAUCCUGCUACGGCUUCCACUUCAUUGCGGUGCUGUUGAAGGGGGAGUUGUAUGAGAGCCAACCUGAGUUCUUUGCCAUUGUGCAGCUCAUUGGCACGGCCAAGCAGGCCGAGAAAUUCGCCUACUGCAUUGAGCUCAACAGCCACAGCCACCGGCUCACCUGGGAGUCCCCGACCAGCUCCAUCUACGAAGACGUCGUCAAUUUGGCAGACGACACAAACUGCCUGAUGUUCGACAUGUGCACCGCACAAAUGUUUGCCAAGAAUGGGAACCUGGAUGUCAACAUCACCAUCUACAUGUGUUGA